UUUUGGCUUCAGGUGCAGUUGUGAUUUUCUAAGCUGUUGAAAGCCCAUUUCAAGGAGCAGACGCGAGCCAUGGCCAAUCCUGCCCUCACUGAAGAUGCCGUGAACACGGGCGCAGUUGCAUGGGUUUUGACCUCUGCAGCCUUGGUGUUCUUGAUGACAGCCGGUCUUGGCUUUUUCUACGGCGGCUUGGUGCGAGACACCAAUGUGAUCAACACUAUGAUGAUGAGUGUAGCAUCCAUGGCCAUUGUAUGCUUGACGUGGGUUGUCUUUGGGUUCUCUUGGGCCUUCGGAGACAAUGGCUCCACUGGCUUUGGGAUGUUCGUGGGCAACUUUGACUACAGCCUGUGGACGAACCUGGACAUGAAGAUGUGGGGUGACUCGGGGCUCCCUGGUCUUUGUUUUGCAGCUUUCCAAAUGACCUUUGCCAUCAUCGCAUCAGCGAUCAUCUCGGGCUCUUUGGUGGAGCGUAUGCGCUUUAGUGCAUAUUCCAUCAUGUUGGCCUUGUGGUCCUUGCUAAUCUACGCCCCACUCUGCCACUGGGUUUGGGGUCCUGGUGGCUGGAUCGCUGAAUUCGGAGCUUUGGAUUUUGCUGGAGGCACAGUGGUGCACAUCAGCUCCGGUGUGUCCGGCCUCGUUGCAGGUGCCAUCGUCGGACCCAGAAGGCAUGUGGAGAAGGAGCUGGGACCUGCCAACGCUCCUUUCGUAAUCCUUGGUGGCAGCCUGCUGUGGUUUGGCUGGCUAGGCUUCAAUGGCGGAUCUGCUUUGUCAGUGAGCGAUGGUGUGGCGGCCCGUGCUGUGGCCACCACAUUCGUGGCAGCAGCUUCUUCGAUGUUGACCUGGUUGAUGCUGGAACGCCUUCUUAAGGGCAAAUCCACCAGUGUAGGAGCCUCAGUAGGAGCAGUGGCUGGGCUUGUGUGCAUCACCCCUGGAGCGGGCUUUGUAACGCCUGGGUGGAGCAUUGCCAUUGGUGCUUUGGGUGCCGUUUGGUGCUACGCCUCUGUGGAGGUGGUUAACAAGGUUAAUUUGGUGGAUGACACUUUGGAUGCCUUUGGCUUGCAUGGCAUGGGUGGCAUUGGUGGGGCCAUUUUGACCGGCAUUUUUGCAUUGGACGGUGGCCUGAUCUAUACUGGAAGCUUCGAGCUCUUGGGCAAGCAGAUUGUCGGUGCACUGGCAGGUGUGGCCUUCUCAGCCAUUGGCACCGCCAUCAUCGUAGUGGCAUUGAGGCUGGUGAUGAAGCUGCGAAUCCCAGAAGAACAGGAGGUUGAAGGUGUGGACCAGCACACUCAUGGCGAGACCUACCACAGUCCUGUCAAGAAGUACCCUCAGAUGAAAGAGUCUGAGUCCACUGAAGCAUCAGACACUGUCUGAUUUUGCAGCUUUUUCUUCCAAGGUAAUUAACUGCUUCAAUUUUGGCAUAAGAUGAGGGUGGAGUCCUUGUCAGCACGUUCGCAUAGAUUCGAUGCUUGCAACUCGAAUUGAUCUCCACAAAGAUGGUGUUUACAAGUUUGCUCGUGGGAACGCACGAGCAACUUUUAUGUUCACUGUCCACUGUCGGAUGGAAGAGAAGCAAUUGACUGCUGUUCAGCAUCCUUUGCAGAUGGAAGCUGGACAUCCUUGAAAUUGAAGGCUAUGUAUGUAUAUACAGCCUUGAA